CCUUGUCGACACUUUCGCUGGUAUAAAUACGAACUACUCAAAAGCAAUGGCUAAACUGUAGUUUACCAUGAACCAAAUAAUACUUACCUUAGGCGUUUUUCUGAGUGCAAGCAGCGUGGUGCAAUGCUUUAAUAUUUACGCAUCGUAUCAGGUUCAGAAUCAAAGCUUAUUCGAGGAUAUCUUGGAACUAGAAGCAUCAAGUGUGGCUUCCGAUGGUGAUGUUCUCUCCAGAAAGCGUCGUGAUUACGGCGGCACGGUUACAGUUACUAGAAGCCGAAUGAUUCACUCAAGGGGUGGGUAUGAUCCUUGCUGCAGGGCGGAUAUGAACCAGCGUUUUAAUGUUAACUGGGGUUACGUUCGCGAAUGUUAUUCGUAUCCGAAUCCAAAGCACAACGUUACAGUUCACUCUGUACGUACGCUCAAUCGAAAUUCCACCGAAUUCAAAGAAAAAAUUGCGAUCCUUAAAAAUGAUGCCUUGUGCCAGAUACAGUGCGUCGCACACAAAUACGACAUGGUCGACAAGAACGGAAUUGUAGUCGUAGAAGGAUUGAACAAAUUUUUGUCGACAAUUUACGAAGGUACCUGGCUCGCACCGCUCGCAAAGCAAAUCGCUACGAAAUGCAUGAACGAAAUCCAGACGGAAUCCGCGAAUUUCCUCAAGACUAAAACAGCGAACGCUUGCAAUCCUGCCCUUAUCGCAUUGAAUCAGUGCGUGCACCGAGAGGUUCAACUGAGUUGUCCACCAGAGCACAUUGGGAAUAUUGAAGCCUGUUUACAGAGAAUAGGUGCAUAUGGCAGAUUCUGAUUCCACUACCAUUGUUAUAGAAAAUAAUCUUUAGCUUUUACUUUCUUUGUUAGUGUGGAGUGGGUUACUAAUUUCAAUAAACGUUUUCUUUUUGGCACCA